UCUAGUUUGGUAAAUAAAGAUGAUGUAUAUAAAGUUGAUCCACUAUCUCGUUCUUAUAUAUCCAAAAAUAUCAAUUCACAAAGAGAGCAUACAUUAGAUGAUUCAUUAGAUGAAGCUUUGUCUUUUUCAAGUAUAAGUAAAUCACUAUCCAGCCAACAAUUGUUGAUAUCUAGAACUAGUCUACCGCUUUUACUCUGA